AAGAAUGCUAUUGACUUAUUGACUUAUUGACAUUUUAUGUGCUAUCUCUCAAAGGAUAUAUAAAAUAAAUAUUGUCACAGGAUUUAAAGGAUAUGUUCAUGCUCGGUUGAGAUAUAUUGCUAUACGACUGACAGACAUCAAAAUGCCUUCUCAUGACACUGUAGGCUUCUCCACUUCACGCCCCAAAUCGCUGACACUUUCACAGGACCACUGCAUGACAAAACCACCAAUGUACAGCAUCUUUAAACAGGAUUACCCAGCAUACUCACACUAUGGUCGGGAGGAUCCAGCCGUACCUCCAAAACUGGCAGAAGUCAUGCACAAAGACGACAGACAUUUUAACAACAGAGCAUCGGAAACUGUCUCCUCAUAUGAAUACAGAUUCCUGGAGAAGCCAGUGUUGAUGGAUGUCCACACGAGACUGAGUGCAACAAAUUUCAAGAUGGAUUCCGACACCAGUAAAUUUAAAUUAUUCGACACGACGCAUAACAGUUAUUUCAGACCCAUGAUGGACAAGAAUUUUAAGCGUCCCCAGCCGACCCAGAACAUAUCAGAGUCACAUAUUCCUAAUGGAGACCAGGAGAAAGAACAGAUACCAUUGUCUGAUUAUCGAGAGAAGUUUCAGGGGCACGACACUCGAAUCUUUAAAAUUGUGAAGGCUCCAUCGAUGCAUGAAGGUGGUCCACCAACUAUCAAGGGAGAUGAUCGACAUGUUCAUUUCCACACAAGUCAGAGAGAAGAAUUUCCUGGCAAAUGGCAACCAAGGGUUCCUUCACUACCAGCACCAACAGGAACUAAUGUACCUAAAGGAGACCCUGACAAAGAAUGCCUAAUGGACACCACGAUGAGGACCUCGUUUGUCUACCAGCAAGAUGCAAUUCACUUCAAACCCUACAACCGGUCCGAAGUCAGUGGAGAGUUGCUGAAGACGAACGUAAAACACUUUGAUGGGAACGGAACAUGGAACGACUACAAGAGUAUAUCAGCAGAAGCCUUCAAACCCAAAACAGUAAUAGUGAAACGUUAUGAGCCAAAGACGAGACGAAACCACAGCGAUCUGCCGGAGGGUGACCGUGAUCCUAACAGAGACUGUGAACGAAUGAGCACCACAACAAACAAUCUUUUUAUAGGCACUCAUCCACGAGGCCUGCACAACACCAUCAUUUCCGGGGCCAACAUCAGAACAAAGAGUAAUGUGUUGUUUGGAGCGCCGACCAUGCAGGGGACCUACUACAACCCAACAACAGGCAGCACAUACCAGCCCAAGUCUGUCCCUUACCUGUACAACAGAACCAAGUUCCGCAAAGCCAACGCUAUACCAGUCAAAUACUAUACUGAUUUGGUGACUCAACCCACUGCUUGGAGUGAUUACCAGAAUCCAAGACAAGAUAAAACUAAUCCAAAUGAUGCUGCCCUGGAGAAUCUGAAAAAGUCACACAUUUUCCCGCCACCUGAGAAAGACAUGUUUUUCAAGACGACGUACCGUGACCUGUACACUCCAAAAGAGGCAGAACAGUACUCGUACGACAGUGGACGUCUACAAUACAGCUCCGUUCCCUUAGGAACUCUCAGAAAGUCAGCUCAGAUUUAGUUUCACAUUUACAUAGACUGAAACACUGAUGUUAUAGGUACAGACUCGAAAACUGAUGCUACAUUAUUUCUCUAUAUGUCGAUUCAAAUUUAUUUUUUAAUCUAGGUCUAUAGAGACUCGAACACUGAUGCUAGGUAAUUUCUUUGAAGGUUGAUUCAAAUUUAAUUUUCCAUCUAGGUCUAAAACAAAAUGGAAAAAUUAUGCUAGGAAAUUUUUUCUGAAAUAUUUCGGUUAGUAAAUUACCAUUUACAAAGAUUGGAAAACUGUUUUUUUCUUGACAGAUUGAUGACUGUUACAUUUUUUUAUUACAUACAGUUUUCUUGCCUUCCAAGAUGUUUAAAGCAGUUUUUUCAUGAUAGUUUGAUAACCGUGACACUUUACUGACUACAGACCUUAGUUUUCACAUCUACACAGAUUGGAAAACUGAUAGUAAGACAUUUCUCAGAAUAUUUACCAAUUCUAAGAAAAUUAGGGUUAUAAAAGCAACAUAGUAGGCCUACAAAUAGGUUUUUUUUCAGUUUUAUUCUUGACAGUUUGAUUACCUUAGACUUUUCCCCCAUCUACACAUUUCUAAAAAUUUAUGCAUGACAUUGGGGUACUAAGCAACAUAGUACAAAUGUGUUUUCUAUUUUGCUAACGACAUUUUGGUGACCAUUAAGUUUACCGACUACAUAGGUUUUCACAUCAAAUCUUUUCAUGACAAUUUGAUGACCAUGACACAUUAUUGACUAGCCUACAGAUCAUAGUUUUCACAUCUACACAGAUUGGAAAACUGAUGCAAGGAAAUCAAGGUACUAAGCUAAAUAAUACAAAUUGUUCUUUGUUUGUCCUGACAAUUUGAUGAUCAUCACCCUCUUACUGACUAAACCUUUUUACCUAUAAUUGGCACCAAACUCUGUAUUUGUAGACUUUCCCAAUAUCUUGAAUCUGGACUUUAAAAUACCAUAAGAACCCAAUGAAGGCUUUGUUCUGUGUUCCUCCGUAUACUAAUAACUACUAGGUACAAUUGUUUGGCACAGAUACUGAUAUAUUAUAAUUAUACUAAAAAGAAAGUUUAUUGAAUUUUAAUCUUACCAAUUUUAAACGUGUGUACCAUUGAGAAACACAUGUAAUGUAUGAAAAUUUAAAAACUGUUUUUUUCUGAUGUGAGUGUUCUUUUUGUUUUAAAAUAUUUUUCAAAUGGAAACCUGUGAGACAUUUUUUUAAACAUUUAAAUUUAUUCUUUGAUGGAUCCUUAUGCUAUAUAUAGUUGUCUGUGUUUCUAGUCCAUUAACAGAAUAUAUGUGUGUUUUGCAUUUCUGUGUGGAAGCCAGUGGCUUGUUUGCAUUUUUAUAUCUAUAUACAAAUUGUAUUUGACGUGUACGUGUAUUGUGAUCUUAUUCACUUUUUAUACAUGGUACAGGGGUAUUGCAUGAUUUUUAUGUCAAAUCAACAUUUUCACAUGUUUGGUUGAGUUCUGCAUUUAUAAAACAAGCAAAUUAACUAAAAAUUAAAUAACUAUUAUUUUGAAUGUUAAAUGAGCUCAUUACUGUAUCAUGUUUAUAUGUACACUAAAUAAUUGUGCGGCAGACAUUAAUUCAAUUAAAUUUUGUUUAUUUAAUGACACAACUAGAGCACAUUGAUUUAUUAAUCAUCGGCUACUGGAUGUCAAACAUUUGGUAAUUCUGAUGUAUAGUCUUAGAGAAGAAA